AAGGGGGUUACGCUGAUAGGUCGGCGUAGAGAGCCCCCCGGGUUACUGAAAGUACCAUAUACAAUCUGGUAAUUUACGCCGAAUCUAUGGUUGUAACACACGUAACGCUCGAACAUUACGUAUUGACGUACUGUAUUAUACUUACAUAGGUAGCUGCGUGGCGUUACACUGAGUGGAACAACGACGCUUGCAAGUUGCAACCUCCAAACAAAUCCGCGGCGACACCACGACCCAGCAUCCCCCGUCACUUCACCAUUACGAUUCGCAUCCCAUAACCUACUCAGCAACAACACCUUUGCACCGGCCUCCAUCGCCAUUUCAAUGGAUUAUCAGAACCGCGCCGGCUCCAAAUUCGGCGGCGGCGGCGUCGCCUCCCACAGCGCCACCAACGCCGACCGCCGCGAGCGCCUGCGCAAGCUCGCCCUCGAGCAGAUCGACCUCGACAAAGACCCGUACAUCUUCAGGAACCACCUCGGCUCCUUCGAGUGCCGCCUCUGCCUAACCGUCCACCAGAACGACGGCUCCUACCUGUCCCACACCCAGGGCAAGAAGCACCAGACCAACCUCGCGCGCCGCGCCGCGCGCGAGCAGAAGGAGGGCAAGGGCGAGGUCGACCCGCACACGGGACUCCCCGUCGGCGUGGUCGGCGCCGGGUUUGCCGCGCUCGGCCUGGGCACCGGCGGGCCCCGGAAGAACGUGGUCAAGAUCGGGCGGCCGGGCUACAAGAUCACCAAGGUGCGGGACCCGAUCACGCGGCAGCAGGGCCUGCUGUUCCAGCUGCAGUACCCGGACAUUGGCACGGGGGUGACGCCCAAGUGGCAAGUCAUGAGCGCCUUCUCGCAACGCGUCGAGGAGCCGGACCGGAAUUUUCAGUACCUGCUGGUUGCGGCCGAGCCGUACGAGACCUGCGGGUUCAAGAUCCCCGCGCGCGAGCUGGAUAAGAGGGAGGAUCGGCAGUUUGAGUUCUGGGAUCCGGACGCCAAGGAGUACUGGAUUCAGAUUAUGUUUAUGACCGAGCGCGAGGAGCGGUUCAAUGCCGCGCCGGGGUUGACUGGGCGGCGGUAAAUGGAGACAAACUUCACCCGUACCGACGGUCACCGGGAAGCCUCAAGAGAAACUUCGACGGGUUGAUCGUCAAAACGUGAUGCACGAAGGAACCAAGGUCGAGACGAUACGAGU